AUGGAAGAUCUAAUGUAUGCCUUUAUUAUCAAGACAUAUGAGAAACUUGACACCCAUAGUGCAACUAUAAAAGAAUUGGACACAUCUUUUCGAAACCUGGAAAGACAGGUCGAGCAACUAGCUGCUCUAUUGUCUGAGAGGGUUUCAGGAACGCUUCCUGCUGAUACAGAAAGAAAUCCAAAAGAGAUAAUCAAUGCAGUAUCUUUGAGGAGUGGGCAUGAAUUAGAGGAUCUCAUAGAAAAGCGAAAGGAUGAGUCGGUUGAAAGACAAGUGGAGAUUGUGGAGGAACAGAAAAUCAGCAACAUUCAAGAAGGUGUAGUGAGGGUAGAUGAGGAUUUGAAGAAGAAGGGGAAGAUUAAAGCUCAGAAAAAGAAGAAAAAUGAUAUUUCAACAAAUAAUGAGACUAAAGAGAGCAAAUACAUGCUUGCUCUAUCUUUCCACCAGAAACAAAGAAGAGAAAAGCUAGAUAAACAAUUCGAGCGCUUUCUAGAAGUGUUCAAGCAGGUGCAUGUGAAUAUACCUUUCACAGAGGUGCUUUCGCAGAUGCCAUCUUAUGCCAGAUUCAUGAAUGAAAUAUUGUCCAAGAAGCGGAAUGUAGAAGAGACAUCGAUUGUCAAGCUGACAGAGCAUU